CUCGUCUUGCCUUAUCGACAUUCUACUACUCUGACCUGACUGGAAAUUUCGGUUUCUGCUGUGUAGCUACUAAAAAUCUAAAAUCAUGCCCGGUCAGACUGUAGCUAUACUAGCGUCUUAGCAGUGACUAAAAACAUUAAUUUAUAAUUUUUAAACAGUUUACAGUCUGAUAAAGCCUUCAGUUCCGUUGUCCGGCUUUUAUCCGGUCUCUGUGGAGUGUUUCUGCGCCAAGGCCUUGUUGUCGCAAUAGUCUUCCACAAAAAAACGUCCGGGGAUUUUAAUGUUGAAGUCGUCCGGUGUGGGAGUAAAAUUUAGUGUUUUUCCCCUCGGAAGAUGGACACAGACAAGUUUAACUAUGUCUACAGCUGUGACCUGGACAUUAAUGUUCAACUGAAGAUCGGCAGUUUGGAAGGAAAGCGAGAGCAGAAGAGCUACAAAGCGCUGCUGGAGGACCCGAUGCUGCGGUUUUCCGGUCUGUACCAGGAGAACUGCUCGGACCUCUACGUCACCUGCCAGGUGUUUGCGGAGGGGAAACCUCUCGCUCUGCCCGUCCGCACCUCAUACAAAGCCUUCAGCACACGGUGGAACUGGAACGAGUGGCUGCGGCUGCCGGUGAAGUACCCGGACCUUCCGCAGAGCGCCCAGGUCGCCCUCACCGUGUGGGACAUCUACGGGCCCGGCAGAGCCGUUCCUGUUGGGGGAACCACAGUCACCUUGUUUGGCAAAUAUGGCAUGUUCCGGCAGGGGAUGCAUGACCUUAAAGUUUGGCCAGGCGUGGAGGGGGACGGAGGGGAGCCCACCACCACACCAGGACGCACCAGCAGCAGCCUGUCAGAGGACCAGAUGGGCAGACUAGCCAAGGGUCCCGAUCUGGAGGUACUCAGUGAUCUGACCAAGGCUCACCGGCAGGGCCACAUGGUGAAGGUGGACUGGCUGGACCGGCUGACCUUCAGAGAGAUUGAGAUGAUCAACGAGAGCGAGAAGCGCAGCUCGAACUUCAUGUACCUCAUGGUGGAGUUUCCUCGCGUCAAGACAAACGACAAGGAGUACAGCAUCGUGUACUACGAGAAGGAUGGAGACGAAGCGUCGCCCGCUCUGACCAGCAGCGACAUCGUCAAAGUCCCCGACCCGCACUUAGGGAUGGAGAACCUGGUGGAGAGCAAGCACCACAAACUGGCUCGCAGCCUCCGCAGCGGCCCCUCGGACCACGACCUGAAGCCCAACGCCGCCACCCGGGAUCAGCUCAAUAUCAUCGUGAGCUACCCUCCAACCAAGCAGCUGAGCUCUGAAGAGCAGGACCUGGUGUGGAAGUUCAGAUACUACCUCACCACGCAGGAGAAGGCUCUGGCAAAGUUCCUGAAAUGUGUGAACUGGGAUCUGCCCCAGGAGGCCAAGCAGGCCCUGGAGCUGCUGGGCAAGUGGAGGCCCAUGGACGUGGAGGACUCCCUGGAGCUGCUGUCCUCCCAUUUCACCAACCCCACAGUGAGGCGCUACGCCGUGGCGCGCCUCCAACAGGCUGAUGACGAGGACCUGCUGAUGUACCUCCUCCAGCUGGUGCAGGCGCUCAAAUACGAGAACUUCAACGACAUCCAGGGAGGCCUGGAGCCAGGCAGCAAGAGAGACAGCCAGGGACUUUCAGAUGACUCCACGCUGGACAGUUCUCAGAUCCUGUCGGUUCCGUCCGGAUCGUCCUCCACCGCCCAGCAGAAAGGCAAGGAAGGAGCGGACAGUGAGACUCUGGAGCAAGACUUGUGCACCUUUCUCAUAUCGCGCGCCUGCAAGAACGCUACGCUCGCCAACUACUUGUACUGGUACGUGAUUGUGGAGUGUGAGGAUCAGGACACGAAGCAGAGGGAUCCCAAAACCCACGAGAUGUACCUGAACGUCAUGAGGCGGUUCAGCCAGGCGCUGCUCAAGGGCGAUAAGAGCGUGAGGGUGAUGCGGUCGCUUUUGGCCGCCCAGCAGACCUUCGUGGACAGGCUGGUGCAGCUUAUGAAGGCCGUUCAGAGGGAGAGCGGGAACCGCAAGAAGAAGACGGAGCGGCUGCAGGCUCUGCUGGCCGACAACGAGAAGGUCAACCUCUCAGACAUUGAGCCGAUUCCUCUUCCUCUGGAGCCUCAGAUCAGGAUCAGAGGGAUCGUCCCGGAGACGGCAACGCUCUUUAAGAGCGCUCUGAUGCCGGCCAAGCUGAUCUUCAAAACCGAGGACGGGGCCAUGUACCCCGUCAUCUUCAAACACGGAGAUGACCUGAGGCAGGACCAGCUCAUCCUGCAGAUCAUCUCGCUCAUGGACAAACUGUUAAGGAAAGAGAACUUGGACCUGAAACUGACUCCAUAUAAGGUUCUGGCCACCAGCACCAAACACGGUUACAUGCAGUUCGUCCAGUCCGUUCCUGUCGCCGAGGUUUUGGCCACCGAGGGCAACAUCCAGAGCUUCUUCAGGAAGCACGCGCCGAGCGAAAAGGGCCCCUACGGCAUCAGCUCCGAGGUGAUGGACACCUACGUCAAGAGCUGCGCUGGUUACUGCGUCAUCACUUACAUCCUGGGAGUUGGAGACAGACACCUGGACAACCUGCUGCUGACGAAAACUGGGAAGCUCUUCCACAUAGACUUUGGCUACAUCCUGGGUCGAGACCCCAAGCCGCUGCCGCCGCCCAUGAAGCUGAGCAAAGAGAUGGUGGAGGGCAUGGGGGGGACGCAGAGCGAGCAGUACCAGGAGUUCAGGAAGCAGUGCUACACCGCCUUCCUCCACCUCAGGAGGUACUCCAACCUGAUCCUGAAUCUUUUUUCCCUCAUGGUGGAUGCCAAUAUUCCUGACAUCGCUCUGGAGCCUGACAAGACUGUUAAAAAGGUGCAGGAUAAGUUCAGACUGGACCUGUCGGACGAGGAGGCGGUUCACUACAUGCAGAGCCUGAUCGACGAGAGCGUGGGAGCUUUGUUUGCUGCUGUGGUCGAGCAGAUACACAAAUUUGCACAGUAUUGGCGCAGAUGAACAAUGCAGACGAAGGGCGACGUGAGGCUGACCUGGACGAAAGCUUGGCACCACAAAUAUGCGAUCAUGAAGCUCUGGCUAUGGCCUGCGUGUUCACGAAGGAGGACAAGAGGAAACCCGGAGACACUGCUGGGGACAAAAAAGGCCAAGAAUGCACUGCCAACCUUUGCUGAAAGACGACAAACCAAGGACAUGUAAAUCUUCUGUUUGCUCCUGUAUAUAUGUUGUACAAUAAUUACGGAAUGAAUGAAACGUGAGGCCAAAUAAAGAGACUGUUGCUACGA